GAGAACUCAGUUCGAUUUUUCUGUCCGAGUGCAUGAAGAGUACCCUAACCUCUCGAAUUAUCGGCGCACUAUCGGUGUUUACUCCACAACAAUUUAAAAAACCACUGACAAUACAAAAUAAAUCACAAAAAUGCUGUCGCGAACAGCAUUGAUCAUUAACCGGCGUAUAAUAUCGACGACAACAGUGAAUUCUCAGAAAAUCUCCAGCAGAUCUCUUCAUAUUUCCCACCGGAUAAACAGCACCAUUAUUACUAGACACUCGACAUUGAAACUUACCCGGUAUUCACCGAUCCUGAGCAGUUCCUUUGUACGAUGUUUAAGUACAGACGACAGCUCUCAGAAAACAGAAAGCCUUGGCGCUAUUCUCCAGACAGCAAAACCCCCUGUAGAAGGCGCACCGCAAAUUCCCACGAAUAAUAUUGUCGAAAAUGUCACCCCGGAGGUUAUAACAACGACAAAUAUUGUGGAGAGUAUUCCUCCAGGAGCCGAUGUACUCCCUGUAAUUCCAGAGGUUCCUGUAGCACCUCCUGUCCCUCCACCUGAGGCAUUGGAGACAUUAUCAGUGCUGGCAGAGCCGACACUGAAAUCUCUAGGAUUGGGUUCAUGGUGGCCUUCAGGAAUCAUUCAACAAUUAUUCGAGCUGGUGCACGUGAACUUGGGUGUCCCCUGGUGGGGAACAAUCAUCAUAGGUACUAUUUGCGUGAGAACCUUGAUGUUUCCACUGAUUAUCCUGUCCCAGAAGAACGCAGCAAAUAUGCAUAACACUAUGCCAGGCAUGCAGAAGAUUCAGCAAAAAAUCACAGACGCCAGAGUCAGUGGUGAUCAGUUGGGUAUUGCGAGGGAGACUAAACGACUCAUGGAUUACAUGAAGUUGCAUAAUUGCAAUCCUGUCAAAGCUAUGAUUGUUCCCAUGUGUCAGGCACCUGUAUUCCUCUCUUUCUUUUUGGCCUUGAGAGGAAUGGCAAAAUUGCCUGUGGAUAGUAUGAAAACUGGGGGACUCUUCUGGUUUGAAAACCUCACAGUUCCCGAUCCCUAUUACUUGUUGCCUGUAAUUACUGCGGGGACACUUGCUCUUACAAUUAAACUGGGAAUGGACACCCCUCAGGUGAAUAGUAUGGGCUGGAUGAAGUAUGUGGUCAACGCAGUGCCUAUUUUUAUUCUUCCCUUCAUGAUUAAUUUUCCAGCGGCCCUUACGUUCUAUUGGACGAUAACGAAUCUGUAUGGAAUGGGUCAGGUGUUUCUCUUGAAGAUUCCGGCGGUUCGAGAGUACUUCAAAAUUCAGACAAGACUUGUUCAUCCUCCUGAUGCUCUCAUGAAGCCGAAAAAGUUCAAGGAAGGAUUCAAAGAGUCAUGGACAAACAUGAAAUUAGCUCGUGAAAUGACAGCUCGAGAGCAAAUAGACGUAGUUCAGUUCAACAAAGCUGGCAGAGGACCACUACAGAAGACCUAUAGCUACAACCCUGUGCAAGAGCAUCUGAAGAAAACCCAAGUGAUGGCCAAGAAGAGUUAAAACAAUCUGUACAGACUGCGUACCAUAAGUCCUCUAAUUUGUAAAUUAAAACUAGUUAGAAUAAUAACAAUAAAUUGAAAAUAAAAGAA